AACGGAUGGAGGGUUCCGUACGAGUGACGAUUCAAGUACAUUUUGAAUUGAACACCCCUCAAAAGGCAUUUUUACGUGGUGUUCCUGGAUGCAUCACCAGGUUUUGAACCAGCCCCUGCUGUUCACACUUUCUACCGUUGGAUGGCGGUAAAACAGGAUGUGAAACCCAGAAUACACGGUGCCUUUGGGGACCGUAGUAAUUAUAAUAAAAUAAUCACACAUAAUAACGCGAGAUAUAAUAUGCUUUCAGACGCUCCAACAUUCCAGUUUUACGUAUAAAACGUCAUACACACGUCCCGGUGAAACAUUCCCUGGAUUUUUUUUUUCCCGCCGGAUUUAUUUAUAAUGACAUGACAUAUUGUAACGUUACCAAGCGUGAGAUAACUACGAUAGAACGUUUUUUACGAGGUGUUCCUUAACGCAUCACCAGGAUCCAGAAAUUUACGGAGAUUAAGAGUAGCUGACUGUUGUUGUUUUUAAUAGCAUUGGUGUGUUGAACUAACACAUGGAAUCAUUAAUUUCUUCCAUGUUUUGAGGUCCCUAGCCAUUAUUGGGAGUACAACUCCCUUCUUCGAAGCUGUCAACGGAGCAAGGAGGAUGACAUGUCCCAAAGAAGUUGGUGGCGACGACUGCUGCUGAACGAGGUCGCUGCUUGCCCGAAGGAGAGCCACUGAGAGCCGCCUCAACUUUGCGAACGCCUCGACAGCAAAAAAAAAAAAGAAGACGACCGGUUGAAAGAUUUUCCUUUUCGCCGCAUUACUCGACGUCAAAAGUGCCAAAUGGACAUUUGAAAAAAAUGCACGGCCGAGUCGUCCACGCGAACGGCCAUGGAGCAGUCGGAAGGACCAACUGAAUAAACCAAGCACUCAUCGACUUGUUUGUCGGCUCCAGCAACUAGCCCGCACCGGCUUCUCUCAGCUUCAGAGCCACCAUGGACAUGUUUCCCCGGCCCAGCGGCGAAAUCCAGCGAAGAAACCCCCAGCACGACUUUGAGCUCAUCCAGCGGGUGGGAAGCGGCACCUAUGGGGAUGUCUACAAGGCCCGCAAUAUCCAAACCGGAGAGCUGACGGCGGUCAAGAUCAUCAAGCUGGAAGCAGGGGACGACUUUUCCAUCAUCCAGCAGGAAAUCUUCAUGGUGAAGGAAUGCAUGCACCACAACAUCGUGGCCUACUUUGGGAGCUACCUCUGUCGAGAGAAGCUGUGGAUAUGCAUGGAGUACUGCGGUGGCGGAUCCCUGCAGGACAUUUAUCAUGUGACGGGUCCUUUGUCGGAGAUGCAGAUUGCAUACAUGUGCCGGGAGACUUUACAGGGUUUGGGAUACUUGCACACCAAAGGCAAGAUGCACCGUGACAUUAAGGGCGCCAACAUACUUCUGACGAACGAUGGCGACGUCAAGUUGGCUGACUUUGGUGUCGCGGCAAAAAUAACAGCCACCAUCGCCAAGAGAAAGUCCUUCAUCGGGACGCCUUACUGGAUGGCUCCAGAGGUGGCCGCAGUGGAGAAGAACGGUGGCUACAACCAGCUGUGCGACAUCUGGGCAGUGGGCAUCACGUCCAUCGAGCUGGCUGAGUUGCAGCCCCCCAUGUUUGAUUUGCACCCAAUGAGGGCCUUGUUUCUUAUGUCAAAGAGCAGCUUCCAACCGCCCAAGCUAAAAGACAAAAACAAAUGGUCCGCCGCCUUCCACAACUUUGUCAAAGUGUCCCUGACCAAGAACCCCAAGAAGAGGCCCACAGCAGAAAAGCUCCUUUCGCAUGUGUAUGUGGCGCAGACGGGCUUGACUAGGCGGCUCGCCGUCGACCUCCUGGACAAGAUGAACAACCCCGACAACCACCAGCAUUAUGGUGAGGCGGAUGACGACGACCUUGAGCCCCUCUCUGUGGUCCGACACACCAUCCGCUCCACCAACAAGCACGCUCGGGCAGAGAGGACGCGCUCUGAGAUGGCCUCAAACAAUGGGACAGAGCAAGGAGGGCCGCAAUCCCCUCAAGAGAGCCAAGCAGUCGACAAGUUGCAGUUUGAGCCGCCGCUGCGGAAGGAAACGGAGGCCCAUUCAGAAAUGGAUGUGAGUAAAGAUAAUGACUUCCAGUCCCCCUGGAGCCCCUUUGCCGAGGGGGGAAUAACAGCCAGGAGUCUCCUCAAAAGCGUUGAGGACGAGUUGUUCCAACGGAGAACACAUGAAGUGCGCAUGAAGGAUGUAAUAGCUGUCCAUAAUGUUGUUGCACCGGUUUCGCGGAGGGUUGACGUCAUUGGACUACUUGGUAACAUUACCCUCCCCCACAACAAAAUGGGACACGUCGCUCACCUCCAGGACGCCUUCGAAGAAGUGGAACUAUCCACACUCAAGCCAGGCUAUCCUCCUCCUCGGCCCCCGAAGCCCCGCUUGCAAAUCCCCUAUGAGGACGCAGGUCUCGGCGACGAGCGCUUGCUGACGGUGCGACGCUUCCCCAACGCGGAAAACGGUCCGGGCCAGGCGGCGCGACGCCGGAGCACGCCGGAGCAUGGCAACAAGGCAGGGAGCUCGUCGCCGGACUACCUUUCUGUCAGCGUCAGCAGCCCUGGGCUCUUGUCUCACGCUUCGGACCAGGACGACGACUCGGACGGAAGCGUGAAUGGCGACAGUCCCAAGGCGACACCCAACCGGGCACAUCGGAAGCUGAAGAAGGAUUUUCCCAAACCGGCUAUCAACGGCUUGCCGCCCACACCGAAAGUGCUGAUGGGAGCUUGUUUCUCAAAAGUGUUCGAUGGGUGUCCUCUGAAGAUCAACUGUGCCACGUCUUGGAUCCAUCCGGACACCAAAGACCAGUACCUGAUCUUUGGGACAGAGGAUGGUAUCUAUACGCUCAAUUUGAACGAGCUGCAUGAGGCCACGAUGGAGCAGCUGUUCCCCAGGAAGUGCACGUGGCUGUACGUUAUCAACAACAACCUGAUGUCUUUAUCGGAAGGGAAAAACUUCCAGCUGUAUUCCCACAACCUCAUUGGGCUCUUUGAGCAACUGAAGAAACCCGGCUUGGCCGCCCAGCUCCAGACGCACCGCUUCCCGGACAAGAUUCUGCCAAGGAGGUUCGCCUUGACGACCAAGAUCCCCGACACAAAGGGUUGUCACAAGUGCUGCAUCGUGAGGAACCCAUACACAGGCCACAAAUAUCUAUGUGGAGCGCUGCAGUCCGGCAUUGUCCUCCUGCAGUGGUAUGAGCCCAUGCAGAGGUUUAUGCUCAUCAAGCACUUUGACUUCCCACUUCCCAGCCCGCUGAAAGUGUUCGAGAUGCUGGUGGUGCCCGAGCAGGAGUACCCGCUGCUGUGCGUGGCCAUCAGCCAGGGCGCCGAGCCCGGCCAGGUGGUGCGCUUCGAGACUAUUAACCUCAACUCCUGCUCUUCCUGGUUCACCGAGAUGGGAACCAAUAAUCAGCAGGUGGAUGCCAUCCAUGUUACCCAGCUGGAGAGAGACACCGUGUUGGUGUGUUUGGACCAAAAUUUGAAGAUUGUUAACCUUCAAGGCAAAUUGAAGUCCAACAAGAAGCUGGCAUCCGAGCUCAGUUUUGACUUUGGCAUCGGAUCUGUUGUUUGCCUGCAGGACAGCGUUCUGGCCUUCUGGAAGCACGGCAUGCAGGGCAAGAGCUUCAAGUCGAAUGAGGUAACGCAGGAGAUCUGCGACCCGAGCAGAGUUUUCCGCCUCCUCGGAUCUGACAGGGUGGUGGUUCUGGAGAGCCGACCCACGGACAACCCAACGGCGCUGAGCAACCUCUAUAUCCUGGCGGGUCACGAGAACAGUUACUGAUCCAUCGAGCGUUUUUUUUUUUUUUUUUGUUUGUUUUUUUUGGGUAAUCUUUUUUGGGGUGGGGGGGGGUCAUGGGAUGUUGUUUCCAUUGAGCUGACCGCAGCUCAGCUCGUCAGACUCACAAGGAGCCCGUGAGGAACGUGCAUCACAGCAAAAAGUUACAAAUAUGAACUUUUUUUUUUUUUUAAAUCAUCUACAUUUUACAUCCACUUAUUUGGAGGUCUUAUAAGUGCCAUUACAAGCUGGUGAGUAUCAUUUUGGGAGACUUUUAGCGCCCACAGGCUUGGAGCUUCUGCCAUCCAACUCGAGCAGAGCAACACAACCACCUGAGCCACAUGCGCUUUAUUUAAGCAAUAUUUAUUAGCAUUAUUAAUAUUAACCUCGGGUAUCUCGGACUACCUAAUAACCGGCAGCCUUCUGAGUAGCUUUUGGGUUCUACUUGCGUUGUAACAUAGUCAUAUCCAACCUUUUUAAAUCUUGAAUAUAAUGUACAAUUGUGUAAUCUUCCCUCUGCUUUUACUCUUUUGUAGACUUUUAACUUCUUAUUUGCACCGUGUAAGCACUUUUGUACAUUUUUCUUUUUUUUUUUUUUUAAUGUAAUUUAAAAUGACAACAUGAGGGACGACGCGCUUCUGUCAACAUCUUUGCAUUCCCUUUGCAAAAUGUUUUCACCUAUGCUGUUUUUUUUUU